AUGCAGUGUGAUAUAUGUUUUCGAACAGGCGGACAUAAACUGCCAUUUCUUUGCCCCACGGAUGCGCGCAACCAACUAUACGAGCUUCGAGUACAAACCGCUGGCGUUCACCUGGAAAAGGAUGCGCUUGAUCGAGAAAUCAGCAGGCGCUACCCGAUACCCCUUUCAAAGGCGGGGAAACAUGGCAAUGAACAAUCUGCGGCUGUCACCCAGUCGAACUAUGAUGCGUUGAUUACUGAGCGGCAACGAAGUAUAGACCGCACGAAUCAAAUUAUUGCUCAUGCAGAUGAGUUGAAAGCGAAUCUGGAGCGAGCAAAGGAGGAGCGCAAUAAGAAGAGGAUUGCCAAUGAUCGCAGGAAGGCGGAAUUGACCUCGGCUUCAAAGGGAAUUGAGGCCCGUAGGGCUAAGCAGAUAGAGGCAGUUGAGGGUUCCACUCAGCGGACUAAAUACAGAUGGAACCAGACAUAUGACUUUAUCGGGGAGUCCAGGGCUUAUCUUUGCUAUGAAUCUGCCAAUCUGUAUGGGCUUCAAAGAUUUAAGGGAAGCAAUGGAGGAGAUGAAUAUAGAAUAGCUGGCGUUAACAUAGUAGACCUGAGGUUGAUGAACACGGCAAGCCCAGCCCAAGUAUCUACCUCCUUUUCUCACAUCGCGCAUGUCCUCAUGCUAGCUACUUAUUAUCUCGCUAUUCGAUUACCUGCAGAAAUAACCCUUCCUCAUCGCGAUUAUCCUCGUCCUACGAUAUUCUCUUUAUCUUCCUCAUAUAUGCAUACCAAUGUACCAUUUCCUGGCGGAACCAGCUCAUCGAGUAAUAGUCCCUCCACCUCUCGCUAUACCGAAAAUACUUACCAGCCUCGACCAAGACCCUUAUGGAUCAAUAAGCCUCUCCCAAUAUUAGUGAAUGAGGAUUCAGUAGCCCAUAGCUCCUUCCUCGAAGGGGCAAUUCUUCUCGCUUACAAUGUUGCCUGGCUGUGUAAAAGCCAAGGGGUUCCUGUAGGAGACAGUGAUACCACAAGCUUUGAAGACGUCUGUAACAUAGGGAAGAACCUAUGGAAACUGCUCAUAGGCGAUAAACCUCGUCUCCCGCCAAAAUCACGCUCCGAAUCUCCCAGCCCUACUCCACCCAAAACCCUCGAUUCCAAGGGCUACGUGGAAAGUGAAGACAAGACCAUUCAGAAACCUGGGCGCUCAUCUAUCGGAUGGGCCAGUCAUGGGUCUGCAUUCUCAUUCCUCGGGAGCGCAGAAGGUGCAGAGUUCAUACGAGGUUUCAAGCUUCCACGUCCAAACCAGAUGGCCGACAUACUAAAGAAUAAGCUCAUGAGCGAAGUAGCAAAUGCAGAAUGGGAACUUUUGAGCCAAGAUGCGUGGGCAAUAGAGGACGAGAUGCGUAGCGAUGGAGUUGUGGUGGGUGCUAGAAAUGAAGGGCACGCGACUUUUGAUACCAGCAAGGAGAGGGAUUAUACGGCUGGAAUGCAAAGUUUCAUGAGUAUGAGAACAGUGAUGGAUGCAGUUGAAAUGGUUGGCGAGGGGACUGGUAUUAAUGCGGUUAUUGCUGAGAGGCUUCCAUUUGGUCUUGCGAAUGUUACUGAUAAGGACAGGAGGGAAAGAGAAAGGUAUGUCAGAGCCAAAGCGGCUAAAGAUAAAGACCAAGACAAGAAACCUGGAACGAGCGGGUGGACGAAAUUGAAACCUAGAGGGUAA